AUGGGGAUCGAGAGGUCGAAGCUCAAGAAGGGAGUCAAGCCUUUCCAUGAUAUAAUUCACAAUUCAUCGAUGAUGCCCCUUGGCCAGAUCGAGUUGCCAGUCACAUUUGGCACGCCUGAUAACUUCUGCACAGAGAAGCUCACCUUCGACGUCGUGCAUUUCAAGACGGCAUACAAUGUGAUUCUAGGCCGCCCAAUGUUGGGCAAGGUUAUGACUGUCGUGCAUUAUGCGUACCAUACACUCAAGAUCCCAGGCCCUAAAGGGGUCAUAGCUGUCAAAGGAGAUCAACGAGCAACAGUCAAGUGCGACAAGCAGAGCCUGGAUAUGGUCAAACACUUCGGUCGAUCGUCAAUUACUUCAAAAGGUGCGGAGUCCAAGCGCUAG